CGUGAGCAAACACGGCCGUCGAUGACGUCCUCACCUUGGGGACGUUCGAAGCUUCCCCAGCUCGCCGACGCGCUGUUGUGAUAAACAAACGAAGCCAAAGAUCGACAAGUUUGCGGAGGGUCGGCAAGAACGACAGCGGAGCAGCAGGAGGGGAAACAAAAAGAGGAGAACCAGCGACAACAUGGACUCUCACACAGCAGACGUCCAUCCGCACCUUCUGGUGAGGCCUCUCCGCAUCAAAGAGGAAGCGGACGUCGUUGUCAAAAGUGAAGAAGGUGAAAACGAGAAGAGAGGAUCACAAGUAGACAGCCUCUUCGCUCCGCUGCCAGACAGUGAGGACACAUCAUCUUCUGGCGCUGAUGACGAUGGAGAAGAAGACUCAAACAGUGAUCUGAGAUGUCCUGCCUUCAGCUGCUCCGUGUGCGGCGAAGGGUUCUCUCAAAAAGGCAACUUGAGAACACACCGCAGGUCACACGCCGGGGUGAAACCCUUCAGCUGCACCGUUUGCGGCAAGGCCUUCUCCCAGAAGGGGAAUUUGGUGACGCACGCCAGGAAGCACAACGGCGACAAACCGUUCAGCUGCAGGGUGUGCGGCAAACGUUUUUCCGUCAAGGGAAACUUGAACGUGCACGGCAGAAUGCACACGGGGGGGGGGGAACCAUUCAGCUGCUCAGUUUGCAGCGAGAGAUUCUCUCAAAAGGGCAACCCGAAGGCACAUGCCUGAAAACACAGCGGCGAGAAACCAUUCAGCUGCUCAUGUGUGCGGCAAAAGAUUCCCCGUCAAGGGAAAUCUCAUGACGCACGUGAGAACGCACACCGGGGACAAACCAUUCUCUUGUUCCACGUGCGACAAAAGUUUUACUUCCAAGGACAGUUUGAAAGCGCACGUCAUCAUGCGCACGGGCCAGAAAGCUUUCUUGUCUUUGCUUUGCGGUAAAGACUUCCCGCUGAGGGCAAAGUUGUUGAAACACACCAGGGUGCACACGGGAGAGCAACCGCUCUGCUGCGGCGUCUGCGGGAAAAGAUUUUCCGCCGAGAGGAGUUUGGUAGCGCACGCGUCGACGCACACCGGAGAGAGACCGUUCGUCUGCGACAUUUGUCACGGAAGGUUCUCGUACAAGUACGACGUCACCAGGCACAAAGUGUGCUGGCCACGAGACUGCAUGAAGAACUUCGCUUACAGCACAGGUGGAAAAAAGUACUAGUGAACAAAAGUUCACUUCAACUUUUUCUUUUGCUAAAUGGCAUUUUCACAAAUGUCGAUCCCCAAAUCCAAACUCCCUUUUUUGGUGUUGGGUCCGUUCGACGCUGCGUUCGACGCUUCACUUGAAACUGAAAUGAUGUCUUUUUUUUCUUCUUCCUUUCAGGUGUCCACUGUUGGAAAGUUCCCCCCCAAAAUUGAUAUGAGUGCAAUAAUUAACCGAUCUAAAGCCUGUCACUGUGCUGUUUUUUUUUUGUUUUUUUUUCUGCUCGAUGUGGAAUUUUGUUGUAAGAUGAUUACAAGGACGUCACUGAUGGUGUGGUGGUCCACUCGCCUGACUUUGGUGCGGGCGGGCGUGGGUUCAGUUCCCACUCACUCCGUGACGGUGCAAAUGGUUGUCCGUGACUAUAUGUGCCCUGCGAUUGACCGGCGACCAGUUCCGGGCGUAGGCCGCCUUUCGCCCGAAGUCAGCUGGGAUGGGCUCCGGCGCCCCGCGACCCUGACCAGGAUGAGCGGUCUUGAAAAGGGAUGUAUUAUUACGAGGACGCUGUCGUUUAUUUUGUCCCCAGUGACUUGCCAUACGUUGAUACAAAAUGGCGGCCAUUGCGCAUGCGUAGUGUUAAUUUACAACCCCAUGCCAGGAAACGUCGAAUCGAGCACUAGGACACAGUGUGCGUCUAAAUGUUCUGUUUAUUAUUAUUAUUAUUUUGUACCUUUUGCUGCUUCCCCCCCCCCCCUCUUCUUUAUUAAGUGCUCAUUGCUGUCAUCUAGCAUAUCCGAAACAUUCCAGUUUGUUUCAAUCUCGUCUCGGCGCGCUUUGAACGAUCUCCCGCUAGCUAGCUUAGCUUGUUAGCUGCUAACAAAGAGGCGGAAGCGGCCAAGCGAAGAGCGGGCGCGAGUGGCCAUCAAUUGUUGCCGUUGGAUGGGGAGAAUGGACACAAAUGAGCGGCGAAGUGAAUGCAUAUUUGCGACAAGGAGAGCGGCGUACGACAAGGAACUUUGCGGAACGGAGGAGGAGGAGAAGGAGCGUCCACUAGAGGGCGCUGCUUUCCAGCCUCCAAUGGCCUCGCACACAGCAGAUGUCCAGCGGCUGCCGCUGAGCCCGGAGCGGCGCCGCCCUCGGCGCCGCGAGCGAGAAGAGGAGGGCCCGGCUCCCCGCCACAUCAAAGAGGAAGAGGAAGAAGUGGGCGUCAGCCAGGAGGGGGAGAAGCACGAAGGUCCGGACGCAGAGGAGGCCGACAUCUGCGACCUCCCCGUCAUUCGCGUCAUCGUCAAAAGCGAGGAGGAAAACAGUGAAAGCGAGGACAACGUCCAAAUGGAGCGAGCGCAAGUCGAAAGCUCGAAGGGGGCUUCGCGAAAUCGCGUCUCCGACGGCUUGAAAUGUUCCCAAUGUGACAAGGCCUUUGUCUACAAGUCCGAUCUGAAGACGCACGUGCGAAGUCACACGGGGGAAAAACUAUUCAGCUGCUCGCUUUGCGCUAAAAGCUUCACGCAAAAGGGCACGCUGACCAUCCACAUGAGGAAGCACACCGGAGAGAAGCCUUUUUCCUGUCCGGUCUGCAGCAUGACUUUUCGAGAUCGCUCCACCAUGAUCAAACACACGCAAACGCACACGGGCGAAAAGUCCUUCGCUUGCUCGGUCUGCGGUCAAAGCUUCGCCAGAAAGAGCAAUUUGAAGGAGCACGCGAAGACGCACAGCGGCGAGAAACCCUUCGCGUGUUCAAUCUGCGGCAAAGGCUUCGCUAAAAACAUUAAUUUGAAAGCGCACAUGCGAAUUCACACCGGAGAAAAACCUUUUUCGUGCUCGGUGUGCGACAUGACUUUUCGCUUUCAGUCGUCGUUGAUUCCGCACAUGAGAACUCACACUGGCGAGAACUUCACGUGCUCCUUUUGUAGUAAAAUCUUCUCCAGAAUGAUGAACUUGAUCGAACACACCAGAAUACACACUGGAGAGAAACCCUUUUCGUGUUCCGUGUGCGGCGCGACGUUUCGACUGCAGUCCACCAUCGCCAACCACAUGAAAACGCACAGCGCAGAGAAACCCUUUACUUGCUCUGUGUGUCACUCGAGUUUUACGCUUCAAGCGACGAUGUUGAGACACAUGCGAACGCACACGGGUGAGAAACCGUUCGUUUGUCACGUGUGUGGGGACAAAUUCUCUUAUAAGUAUCAGCUCAACAAACACAAAUGUGGCGGGGAGAGCAGCAGCGGCUUGAUUUGACUUUUUCUUGAAAGGAAAACGUCAGACAUAUAUUAUCCUAUGUAUCAUGUGUAUCAAACACUUUGUCAUCUGAUGUGGAAGCACGUGUCACGUAAAAUCAAAGAUUUCAAGUGUGACCGUACCGUUGUUGUUUUGUUCUGGCUCACUGGUGGAAAUAAAUUUGCAC